AUGGUGAUGAAUAAGGAAAGUGACGCCGUGAUGAAGAAGAAAACGCUGGGUAGAAGGAAGAUUGAUAUGAAGAAAAUAGAGAGGUUGAGCAACCGGCAGGUGACUUUUUCCAAACGCCGAGUUGGACUUUUCAAGAAAGCGAGGGAACUUUGUGUUCUGACUGGCGCUGAAAUCGCUAUUAUUGUACAAUCGGUAGCCGGCAAACGUUUCUAUGCUUUUGGGCACAACAACGUGGAUUCCGUAAUCGAUCGUUUUGAGAACGGAAGUCCUGUUGGUUCUGUGGAAAACUCUGGAAAAACACCAGACCAUGGAAAGGAUUAUUCUGGGAUUUGUAAGGAGUCGGUGGCGGAGAACAGGGUGAUUGACGGUGGCAGGUUCUGGUGGGCUGAGAAGGUGGACGGACUUGAACUGGAGGAACUUGAGAGGUACAAUGCGGCAUUGGAGGAAUUGAUGAAGAAUUUGAACAAGAAAAUUACUCAAAUAGGUUAUAGGUUUUAUCAUUCUAGGAAUGUUGAUGGAUCAUCGUGCGAGGAUUGUGAAGUAGUUCCUAGUGAGAACUAUCUAUGCAUCAUAGGUGCUACUGUUGCUUGUAAUUGCAUUAAGGAUGAUAUAGAUUCUUUUCGUCUUAACAAUUGUUGUUCUUUUUGCCACUCUGCCGAAAGCAAGUCGACCAACAUUCCGUGCUUGCAGUUCUUUUGGAUAGGGGCAAAUGAUGACCAUUUAGAGAGGAUUUCUCAUAUUCUUGCUGAUACAGUUUGCCCUGUGUUGUUAGAAACUAUUAUUAAAGGUGAUCCUAUGGUUCUUGCUGCGAAUAUAAUUUGGAUUAAUUCUGACGCAACUUCGAUUAGGAGCCCUUCUAAGAACCAAAAUGGUGAGUUGGCUCUUGAUAUAAUUCUUGAAAAAAAAGCUGUCAGAAAGAGUGGAGAUGCCUGGAGGGUUGUCAUGGACUCCUGCUUACCGGUUCUCCAUUUGAUUGAUAUCAAGCGAUCGAUCCCAUAUGCUGUAAAACAAGUGCAAGAGUUGCUUGGUAUUUCUUGUGCGUUUGAGCAAGCUGUUCAGCGUCUGUCCACAUCUGUCACAAUGGUUACAAAAGGUGUUUUGAAAGAUCAUCUCCUUUUGUUGGCCAACAGCAUGACAUGUGGUGGCAAUCUGAUUGGUUUUAAUGCUGGUGGUAUUAAAUCAUUGUCAAGAUCACUUAAUCUUCAAGUACCAUUCAUGGAGGCUACCCUGUUUACCCCAAGAAAAUGCUUCGAAAGAGCUGCUGAAAAGUGCCAUGUAGAUGCUUUGACGAGCAUUGUGGCCUCUUGUUCCUGGGGGAAACAUGCAUCUGUUGGCACAGGAUCGCCAUUUGAAAUUCUUUGGGACACUAGAAAGCUACCUCAGAGAUGA